UUUACUGAAAGCGCAAACGUUGAUUUGUAUGAAUUGAGAUGGAUUGUCAGUUAGAUUCAUACCUCAGAUAACCCGAUUGUGUAACGGAUAUGAUAUUGUACAUGGCUAUAAAUGGUGAAAAACUGUUUCUCGAUUCAAGAUAACUUUACAGCAUUUCCGGAUAUACAUUCUUCGCAUCGGCGGCCAUAAGCGUCUUCUGAGAACGAUUUUGACCUCUGAAGAUGGCAUGCUUGUGCCAACCAAUAUGACAUCUGACAUUUGUUCAAGAGUGAUUUGUUCCAGGUUGAUCGUGCGUGUCCGAGAGAGGCCCAGCCUGACAUUGAUUUACUGAGAUACACUUGGGACACACAACGCGGGGGACAUCAUGCAUCUCCUAAAGUUCCUUCUCCAGAUACUUCUGUUCCAACUCAAUCUUCUUAAAUAUUCUGAGGCUGUUGAGUUGCUGGGAUUUAGGCGUCUGGAGAGGUAUGACAACGUCGUCAUUCUCCCCAACGUCCCCCUUCUGGAGACGCCGUCGGCACACAAAAGUGUAUCAGCGUGCGGCAGGGUGUGCGUCUCCUACCCCGACUGUUCACUGUUCUCCUACAACAGAAUCACUUCCGAGUGCAAAUUAUUCCCUUUGGCAGUCUAUCCUGCCGAUACAUUCACGUUAACGGCUACAACGUCAGGACUGCAAUAUUACGCAUACAAUAAAGAUUGGUGUCCAGUGACGAACGGCUUCAUAUUGGACAGGGAGACAGACCUAUGUUUCUACGUUUCAGAAGCGAAGAAGAACUGGGCCGAUUCUAUUACUGCAUGCCAAAACAUAGGGAUGGGAGCUCGACUUAUGAUCAUUAAAGAUGUCGAUAAACAACGAAAGAUCACAAGCAGCCUUGCGAGAGAUAGCACUGUGAAAAAUGAACAUGCCUGGAUUGGUGGAUCUGAUCUUGACACCACGGACGGUGUGUACGAGUUUCACUGGAUAGACGGGACAAAGGUUGUGAACACAUUCUGGGGUGGAUCUCAACCUAACGGACAACUGUACAACGAGUACUGUCUCGGUAUAAACAAUGCCAUUCUGUAUGACCGGGUUUGUGCCCACCUGUACCGAUACUACUGUGAUAUUCCGAACUAAUAAUAUGAACUUACUGUCAUUGUACAGCAAAAAUUCUUGUGACCUUUUCAUGCUAAAAAAUAUAUUUUUCACCUCCUUGUGCUUGCAAGAUAUUUUUCAAAAUUAAUGUUAUUUUUAGAUCAGGCUCCGAGUUCAGUUGAUUUACGAUGAAAUACGAUUUUUGCCAAUACACACACGUAGGGGCCCGGAUACGAAUAGGUCCCCAACAGCCUAUUCGCUUGUGAGAGCCGACUAAAUCUGAUCGGGUUCUCAGUCUUAGGGACAUCGAUGAUUGCGUGUCAUUGUACUCCUGAGCCGCGGACGUUGCUUAAAUCAACCUCUGGUUUGUAUGGCCCAGACUCGAUUAUUAAAUAAUUGUCGUUAUAUAACUGGAAUAUUUCUGAAUGCGGCGUAAAACAACACCCGCUCUAUCGCUUGCUAAUUCAGGGCUUGAUACUGCAUAGUCAUUAUAAGUACAACUUUGACAUUUAUUGUUGGAAUCCACAUGGUCCUCAACAAAACGCAUUCAAGACAUUUGUCAAUGAUGUUUAUGCAAUUCAAUCCAUUAUACGUCGUAUUUGGAAACUACUCCUUCAAUAUUCAUUUAUAUUUUGUUUCAAAUCUAUGUAUUGCUUUUGUUUAACAAUUCACGAUGAACUAAUGACUUAUUUUCAGAAAUAGUGUCAUAAAUAACUACUUUUUAUUAACAUGUGUUAUUUAUAUAUAUUUUACGAUCUGGUGAUUAUUAGCUAUACAAUACAAUUACAAAAAGCUGAUAAUAAUACCAUUGACAGACAAACACUAUGUAAAAUUUGAAACAUCCUCUCAACAUUAAUUGUUUAAGCAAAGAACUUUAGGAAAUACCACAUUUAAGGUCAAUGUGUUAAUUGAAGAAAUCUGACCAAAGUAUGAACGUGCAUUAUCAACUUUAGGCUUGGCUGAACCUGAAGACAUAUGCCCCAUGGAUCAAGGAAUGAUCCAUUUGUACCGGAUUCCAAAGCUCCAUGAACAUACAUACACAUUAAAGGGUAUAGAUUUGUUGGCUCUAGAAAAAGUACCACCAAAUGCCUGUCUCAAAGAGUUACCAUAAUCCUUAAUGCAAACUUAAGGAAGGACUUUCUUUAAUGUUAUAGACUCUGGACUCUGAUUAUGAUAUUGGUUUUGUCGCUUUAAUAUAUAUUCACAGAAAGUAUUUGACACAGGUGGAAAAAAAUCCAUUUAGCUUCUGAAACACUAUAACGAUUUGUUGCCAUAUCACAGCAGAUCCUGAAUUUUCAACUUUACACACCACUAUCCAACACGACAAACUUAAGGAAAAGCUUCAUUCCUUGAUCCAUGGGGCAUUUGUCAUUAAACGUGGAGACCAUGGAUAUAGUUACAUCUCUGUCGUCAAAGGCUUUGGACAAUUUGUAAAAAAAAUGAAAGCAAAUGUUUUGUGUUGUAUCUAAAGCUGUUUUAAAGAAGUGCUUGUAUGGAUUCCAUAGCUGUAUAAAAGAUGUGCUUGUAUUAAAUAGAUGAAGUAUUCUAAAGCUGUAUUAAAGAUGUGCUUGUAUAGUAUCUUAAGCCGUAUAAAAGAUGUGCUUGUAUUAAAUAGAUUGAGUAUUCUAAAGAUGUAUUAAAGAAGUGCUUCUGUAGUAUCUUAAGCCGUAUAAAAGAUGUGCUUGUAUUAAAUAGAUUUAGUAUUCUUAAGGUGUAUUAAAGAAGUGCUUGUGUAAUAUCUUAAGCCGUAUAAAAGACGUGCUUGUAUUAAAUAGAUUUAGUAUUCUAAAGCUGUAUCAAAGAAGUGCUUGUGUAGUAUCUUAAGCCGUAUAAAAGACGUGCUUGUAUUAAAUAGAUUUAGUAUUCUAAAGCUGUAUUAAAGAAGUGCUUGUAUAGUAUCUUAAGCCGUAUAAAAGAUGUGCUUGUAUUUAAUAGAUUUAGUAUUCUAAAGCUGUAUUAAAGAAGUGCUUGUAUUGUAUUCUAAAGCUGUAUUAAAGAAGUGCUUGUGAAGUAUCUAAAGCUGUAUUAAAGAAGUGCUUGUAUUGUAUUCUAAAGAUGUAUUAAAGAAGUGUUUGUAUUGUAUUCUGAAGAUACAUGCCAGAAUUGGUUGUAUUGUAUAUAAUGCUGUAUUAAAGGUGUAGUUCUAUAGUAUCUAAAGCUA